AUUACAACUGACUUGCGUAGUGAGUAAAGUAGUAGAUGGAUUUUCCAGUAGUGAAGUAAAUUUUGUAGUUAUCGGUAUGGCUGCUCCUGCAGCCUGUACAAGAUUUAGUGAUAAUUACGAUCUCAAGGAGGAAUUAGGAAAAGGCGCCUUUUCCGUGGUCCGAAGAUGUGUUCAGAAGUCGAGUGGCCAGGAGUUCGCUGCAAAAAUUAUCAACACGAAAAAGCUCUCUGCGAGAGAUUUCCAAAAACUGGAACGAGAAGCCCGCAUUUGCCGAAAACUGCAACACCCAAAUAUAGUGAGAUUGCACGACAGUAUACAAGAAGAAAACUUCCACUACCUUGUCUUCGAUUUAGUGACAGGGGGAGAGCUGUUCGAGGACAUCGUUGCCCGGGAGUUCUACAGUGAGGCGGACGCCUCCCACUGCAUCCAACAGAUCCUGGAGAGUGUCCAUCACUGCCAUUCAAAUGGAGUGGUCCAUCGGGACCUUAAGCCCGAGAACCUGCUACUAGCAAGUAAGGCUAAGGGGGCAGCUGUCAAGUUGGCAGAUUUUGGACUGGCAAUUGAAGUCCAAGGAGAGCAGCAAGCGUGGUUCGGUUUUGCUGGAACGCCAGGUUACCUCUCACCUGAAGUCCUAAAAAAGGAGCCUUAUGGAAAACCAGUUGAUAUCUGGGCAUGUGGUGUUAUCUUAUACAUUCUACUGGUCGGUUACCCACCUUUCUGGGAUGAGGACCAACAUAGGCUGUAUGCGCAAAUCAAGGCUGGAGCAUACGAUUACCCAUCACCGGAAUGGGACACGGUGACUCCAGAAGCCAAGAACCUUAUCAAUCAGAUGCUGACUGUGAUUCCCUCCAAGCGGAUAACUGCCUCAGAAGCUCUAAAACAUCCAUGGAUCUGCCAACGGGAGAGAGUGGCAUCUGUGGUACACAGGCAAGAGACUGUGGAUUGCCUCAAGAAAUUCAAUGCUCGGCGUAAACUUAAGGGGGCGAUCUUGACAACGAUGUUGGCCACUCGGAACUUCUCCAGUAAGUAUGAACCUCAAGGUCGCAGUAUCAUCACCAAGAAAGGAGACGGCUCACAGGUGAAGGAGUCAACGGACAGCAGCACUACGCUGGAAGACGACGAUAUCAAAGAGGAUAAGGUAAAGGGAGGCGUUGACCGAAGUUCCACCGUCAUUGCUAAAGAGCCUGAAGAUCUGCUGGUAAGCAAGCUGGACUGGUUCCACCCGUCGGCAACAGCCCAUGCCAAGUCCCUCAGUGGUGCCAACAACCGGCGGAGACAGGACAAAAGUGACUCGAAUCAUGCCGAGGACUCUGAGAUCAGCUACCAAACCCUUCCCACCGACUCCGAUGACAACGACGAGCUAAGGAUUGUCUGCCCAAACAAGACAACUUCUCAACUAUCCACCAAUUCGUACAGCUCAGCUCGCAAGCAGGAGGUGAUCAAGAUGACUGAACAGUUGAUAGAAGCCAUCAAUACAGGAGAUUUUGAAGCCUACACGAAAAUCUGCGACCCCCACUUGACAGCGUUCGAGCCUGAAGCGCUAGGUAAUUUAGUCGAAGGAAUGGACUUUCACAAAUUUUACUUUGAUAAUAAUGUGAUAGUGAAGAACUGCAAAGCAGUAAACACAACAAUUCUCAAUCCAAACGUGCACCUGCUGGGAGAGGAUGCAGCUUGUAUUGCUUACGUACGACUCACUCAGUACAUGGACAAGCAAGGUGUGGCUCACAGUCUGCAAUGUGAGGAGACAAGGGUUUGGCACAAACGUGACAACAAGUGGCAGAAUGUCCACUUCCAUCGCUCUACCAACUCCCCUUCUUACACAUUCGCGCCUUCCGCGCACAAAUAAAAGACUUUCCGACACCUCAUCAGGUUUUCUUCUUCUAAUUCUACUUUUUCUUCUCACUAAAUCAACUUGUGCUGCCCGACUGUAUCGCACCCUCUGGGUGUUUCGUCUCUUUAAACCGCUCCGAUCGUGGUUCAAGUUCCUUUCUUUGUCUUUGAAUUUUUCUUUCUUCUUUCGACGCCGAUUCGGAGAAGGAACUCCCUGUAAACCCGCUCAACGUUUUGUGCCGCUAGAAUUCGCAUCCGUUCAGUUAAACUCAAAGACUCAAAAUUUCUCCUCCUGUCCGUGAACGGUAAUAAAAUUUUUAUUUUCUGAGUGAAAUUCAAUGAUGAGCUUGACAACAAGCUCCGUUGUUGUGAGAAUAACUCGCACAAAAACUUGUACUGUGGAUCCACUCCAAGACUGAUAGCAAUGUAGAGUGUGCGCGCGCGUAUGUGCUGCAGUGGUGUUAAAGAGACGAAACGCCGUGUCCUUUAAGUGUAAGCUUAAAUAAACUGUAGGUAAGUUGCCUUUCGACGUGCUCUCACAGUCUGGCGCUGAACUAUCAUGGUCGAAUCUGUACCAGUCUUUUCCAUUUACAAUUUGAAUAAGGUGAUUCGUUUUUGAUGCAAACAACUAUUGUAUGCUUUAGAACUUAAUUAGGAAACUUUGAAUAUAUUAAAAUCUUUUUGAGCUUUAAUCUAGUUGGGAUUUUGUAAAAAUCUCAGUUGCAUGACCGAUCUCACGAUGACUUUUACGUAUUAUUUCAGUUAUUAAAUCAGAUAUACUGAUUGUUACUUUCACAGCAUUAUUUUGAUGUAUAAUUUUUAAAAGCAUAGUAUUAUAAUUUAAAAUUUGUUACGUUUCAAGUUUGAUUUGUGCUGGGUAUUCUGAAGCAUGUUCCUUGCUUGAAACACGCUCUCAAAAUGUAAUGAUUCCUGUAAAAUAUCUAAUGUGUAAUUGUAGUGUACCGGUAAACCGGUAACAAGUGGUAAUUUUAUCUUUUUGGUUGAACGAUGUUCUUACUACCCCGUCAUGACAAUUUAAAGACUUUAGUUUCUUGCCAAUUAAAUGUGACUCGUGUACGUUUUACGCAUAGGCUUGGAACAGACUUGAGAGUAAAACAGCACGUGUGUCACGUGUGUAACGUGAUAGAGUUUGGCCUAACGCAAACUGUGAAUAUAUCGUAUUGGGCAUGCAUGGUUCUCUAGCUGUAGUGCAGUGUAAAGUGAGCAUUCUCUUGGUGUACACUUUGCGUUCAAUUCAUAGUUUUCAACUGAAACUUUUAAAGUAAUUAAUAAAUAUAUUUAAGAUUAGUUAUAUAUAUAUAAUAUAUAUGUAUCAGAUAUAUAUAGAUUAUAUAUAUAAAAACACUAUAUAUACAUAAACAUAUGACAUUGUAAACUUCUCAUUGUACUUAUAUAUAAAUAUUUAUGUCUGUUGGACAUCGACUUUUUGUUGGUUGUAUUUUGUUGACCCCAUCGUUAUGGUUGUGGAGCGAAUGGUAGUCUUGUGUGAAUAUUUUGUAAGAUAGUUCAUUAUUUCAAUUUUAAAUCGUGCUUUAAACUUUUCAUAGCUUUUAUUAAAUUGUAGGUUAUUAUAUAAAAAGAAUCAUUCAUCCAUAAAUCGUCUUAUAGUAGUCGUAAGAGGUAAUCAUUUGCAAGUCCUAUGCGAGUCUACGAAUUUAUUGGUAUUAUUUUAGCGCCAUAAUCAGUUGUGAUAGUUAUGUACAAUGCAGUGACCGAUUCACAGUUUGCACAGAGUGGCUUGAAAGUUGUUCGUAUUUCUCAUGUCGUCUUUGCCUUCACUGCCGAGGAUAAGAACAGAACAGGUCGAGUUAGGACCUUACAGUCGUAGAAUCUAAACCACUUUUGAGCCACCGUGUGCAUAAUAUGUGAGUACAAAUGUACGGUAUUAUAGUUUCUCUAAACCUUAUUGUUUACGGUUAACGUACUUAUAAAUUACAUGGUAAUAUUUUGUUAGUAUUAUAAAGUUAAGUAGAUAAGGCAUACAGACUGGCCGUAGUAACACUGCAAAAACUGAAAAUCCGGAAUAGUUGCCAUUUUGUAAAGAACAUCAAAUUCUCAGGAACCGUUUGUUGUUCUCUUCAAUUGAUACAAUUUUUACUGUGUGCCAUUUUUGACUCAAUUUUAAAUACGUAGACUACUAGUUGUAUAGGUUGGUACAACUGUUUUUGCAGUGUUUUCUCGAAGCCAAACCGUGCCAUUUCAUGUCUCGACGUGGUAAGCUGAUAAUGCUUCAAAUGCAUGCUCUUCACUAGUCAACAAGUUAUAAUAAUAAUAGUACCUUGCAUUGUAUUAUUUCCAAUUUAUAGUUUUAUGAAUAUCUCGUUCCUUGGGUUGAUUCUGUGUGUAUUUAAGUGUGUAUUAAUAUUUCAAUGUGUGUAUUCUAUUAAUGUAUUUUAUGUGUUUUGUAUUCAUUAAUGUUGUUUUGUUGUUUUAGUGCAAUGAUAAUAGUUAAUUUUAUAUAACUGUCGGUUAUAAUUAACUUAAGUUUUUAUUAUUGUUGAAUUUUAUAAAUAUAUGUUAAAUUUCUUUCGUUACUGAACAGGGACAUAACAUCGGAUAGGUGCUUAAUUUAAUGAAAUUAGAUUGUAGAAAGUAACAUUGGACAGAAGAAGUUGGAUACUGUUACUUUUAUAUUUGCUUGAUACCUUAAUAAUGUUAAGGCUUCAUUGAACUCCAUGACAUCACACUGAAAUUUAUUUUCUGCCACCCCCUAAACAUUCUAUUGUUUGUAAUACUUUAAGAAGCCUGUUUUAGUUUGUUUUAAAUAUAAUUUAUACUCAGCUUUAAUGUUGAGCUCAUUCUAACAUAAUAUAUUACAUCUUGAUUGGUAGCUUCAUGAAACCAAAUAUUCCAGACACACUGCAGAUACAAUAAUUAACUUCACCUUUUAAAGUCCAGUCUUAAAUUCCCUUGAGUUAUAAAUGUAUUAAUUAUCAUGUAAUGUUUUAGCUAAUUUGAUGUAAAGUUAAAAAGUUUGAAAAAUACCUUUUUUUAGUUUAAAACAUUUUUGUUUAACUCAGUUGUUUUCUGAAAACAUAAAUUUGUAAAGUAUAAUUUAAUUUCUUAAAAUUAAAUUCUGUCACGAAUUAUAAUGUAAAUUAAUUUAUAACACUCGAUAUUACAAGAAAAUCUUGGGAAAUUUGCAGAAUGCUCUAGAAUUUGAAGCUGUCACCAUAAACAUGGUUUGGUGGAAGGUGUCGGUCGACAAUCAUAUUCACCAUCGUGCAGCAAGCAGCAAUCGGAAGCUUUGUUAUCCCCUCCUCUAUGUCCUCUCGUCAAUUCUGUACGUUAGUUAUAAUAUUUGAGAAUGCACCUCAGCCACCUUCGCACCUUUCCAACUGGUUUAUACAAUGAAAUGUUAACCGAAAUUCUAAUAGUUAGCAUUUACCACUGUACGACGUUCGCUAGGGUAAGUCCUGAGACCUCUAGUUGCUCCAGCCGUUUUCAUAUUUUUAUGCGUUGUUCAGUGUAGUUUUUUAUACUAUUAGACUCUGAAAUUAAAAAAUGUGUUAUAACCAUUAAUUUACUCUGUAUUUUAUCGAAUGUAUAAAACUGUAAGUGAUGAAUUUUGUAGUUUUUCGUCCUGCAGAAAAUGAUUGUGUGUACAUGUGUUUGUUUUCUAUUACUUGUUUUAAUAAAGUUUAAACUAUUAUUAUUAUAA